UACUAGGGCUAGCUAGCUACCCCCGUCCUCAGCUCCAUUAUUUGACUUUGGUUUCAAAUACACACACUCACUUUCAAGGUUUAAGCGCCCAGAAAUGGAUGGGGGAUAUUCCAAGAUCAAUAUCAUACACCGCCAGAAUUCAAGAUCCAUGGAUUUUUCAGAUCUUGGAUCCAAAACAGAGUCAGAAAGCAAUCUACAGAUCAAGGACAAGAUCGACUACACCAGUUCCAACAAACAAGAAGACGAUGAGAUGCAGCAUCAAGAGAGGAAGUUUGGUAAUGGUAAUGGCAGUCAUGUGGUAUUGAAAAGGAACUGCUCAGUCUCUUCUUCGUCUUCUGGGUUUCAAACUGCAGUGAAAGGAGCAAUAUCGUCAAUGAGAAGAUCUUCCUCUACAGUUUCAGAAAGGUAUUCCAGGAUUCAUGACCAGUCUGUAACUUGCAUUGACCAUCAUGAUGGGGAUGAAGAAGGUGAUUGGGGGACAACAACAAGAUCUAAUAGGAAGAGGCAUAAUGGAGGCAAGAUCCUUAAAGCCUGUGAGGUAUACAAAAGGACGUUCUUAAAUUCCUGGGGUGCAUUUCACUUCUUUCAGGACGUCCCUUCCUCACCAACACAAGUACAGCAGAAUAGGGUAGGAAUCGGUCAUUAUGACAACCCCAAACAGAAGGCAAGAUCCAACAGGAAAAGAAAAUCCGUAGCUAUCAAAGCUCUGAAAUGAACUGAACGAUGAAACAAAAAUCCAGUGGAUGAUGAAAAUCUAUGUAUUGACAACUAACGUUCUGUACAAUUCUAUAAAGCCAUCAUCAGAAGAUGGUUUCCUUGUGUUCAAUAAAAUGGAAAACACGAUUACAAAUGCCACCUAUGACAUGGU